CCAGGGGGAGCCCUUGAGAAGCUGGCGGGAGCGCACCACGUGGCUGUAGAAACUGGCGCGACACCUCUGAGGUAGCUAAGACUUGGGCGCCUAUGUAGUCAGGACCACACGCGGGCACAGUGGUGGGUAUUGCCCGGGGCUCCACCAGGCACAGAAUGUUGCCCUGGCUUGGGCCAUGGGGCUCAGGCCGGGAGGAGGCCACAGAGGAGUCAGGCCUCUCCACGGGCAGUGACCACCGCGGGGAAUGGAGCUCUGGAGAGGAAACCACGGAAGAGCCAGGAGCGCCCGUGCAGGACAGCCCACAGCCCCAGGCCCUCCGCCCAUCUGAGACCGGAAGAAAGCUGCCGCUGGCCUCCAAUCAUCUGGUUACGGUGCCGACCACGACCACGGAAGCCCCAGUACCUCUUUCGUCCCAGGUGACCUCCCAGGUCACCCCCUCAAGGAUGACCCCACUGCCACUUUUGGAUCCCGGCCACGAGGCUAACACGAGACCUCAGCUGGUGGGGGCCAGCUGUGGGUCAGGCGUAUCCUUGUCCGGCAGGACACUGUGUCAUCCUUCCUGGCCUAUGUAUGAUGUCUGGGGCAGGAUCCCUACCUCAGGGCAUCCAGAAGAAGAGCAAGUGUCCAAGGAUACAGGGCUCCCGGUGACAAACUAUGAAGAUGUCUUUCUCUUGGACCCUCUGCUCGCCUGUGGGCAGCGUAUUCCCUUGUACCUGUCCAAGCCCCCUCAGCAGGCAAUGGGCGCUCGGAAGCUGCUGCUCCCACCUGCCAUCAUGUCCUCCUCUGUGCAUCCCUCCUCAUCCCAGGCCUGCUCUUCCACCUGGCUGAGCGAGGCAGAGAUGAUUGCCCUCGCUGGUCUGCUGCAGAUGAGCCAGGGUGAGCUGAGCUCUAACUCCUUGGCAAGCCCUCUGACCUCCAGCAGCUGCCCAGACCCUGUCUCUGCCUCUGAAGACCCAGGCCCCAACGGUGGCCAGAACUGUUCUGGAAGCACUGACCCAUGUCUCACACAGACCCCAGAUACCCCCCAUCCAUAGUGCCCUCCCUCCAUGAGUGCUGGCUUCUCCCCCAAGCUGUUUUGUUGAUAAUAAACCAGAGUUAGUUUGUGAA